ACCAGUCAGAGGAAAACCAUCACAAAAUCAAAACCUUUCAGAUGUUUUAUUUAUCGAGUGGACAAACAACAGCUUCGUAACCAUGCAUGCAAUAGCAUGUGAUUAUGUUGACUUUUCUUUGAUGAUUUCAUUUUUCAAAUAUAAUUCGCUCUACCCGGAGGACGACCGUUUGACUGGAAAGAGAGACUGAAAACCCUAAGGUGAAAUGCUCUUUUAAAGACAACUUACUAUAACGUUCUCUUUAUGGCGUUUCAAGAUGACAGAGCCUAACUUGAGGAACGAAAGCAACUGUGGGAUCUAUUUUGCUGAAACUUUCAAUGGAUCUCUUGUGGACCAAAACGACAGCAUCACGCCAUGUGCGAACUUCACAAUGGACUCAAAGGUAGUCGGGGUUGGCGUCUUUCUCGCCGUCUUUAUUUCGGUGGCAAUUGUUGGCAACAUUUUGGUUAUCCUGUCUGUUGUUUGCAAUAAACAUUUGCAGACUGUCACAAACUUCUUCAUUGUCAAUUUAGCCAUCGCGGACCUGCUUCUGAGCAUUAUUGUGCUGCCUUUCUCUGCAUCUCUGGAGGUUCUGGGAUGUUGGGUUUUUGGCCGUGUUUUCUGUAACAUCUGGGCAGCGGUGGAUGUGCUCUGCUGCACCGCAUCCAUCCUCAGCCUCUGCGUAAUCUCCAUCGACCGGUACAUAGGUGUUAAACACUGCCUGAAAUACCCAACUAUAAUGACAGAGAAGAAGGCAGUGGCUAUUUUAGUGUUAGUUUGGGUAUCAUCCACUGUUAUCUCUGUUGGACCGCUCCUCGGAUGGAAGGAACCGCCGCCUGUGGACGAGAGAAUCUGCAAAAUCACAGAGGAGCCGGGCUACGCGCUCUUCUCCUCUCUCUUCUCCUUCUACCUCCCGCUUAUGGUCAUUCUCAUCAUGUAUUUUCGGGUCUACGUGGUGGCCCGCAGGACUACUAAGAGUCUAGAAGCGGGCGUCAAACGAGAGAGAAAUAAAUCGAUCGAAGUGGUCCUCCGGAUACACUGUCGCAGCGUGCUGGAGGACGCGCGCCCGAGCAGCUCAAAAAAUCACCCGUUCCGGAGUUCGCUCUCAGUGCGACUGAUGAAGUUCUCCAGGGAGAAGAAGGCUGCUAAAACCCUCGCUAUAGUGGUGGGGAUGUUCAUCCUAUGUUGGAUGCCCUUUUUCUUCUUCCUGUCGAUGGGUGCCUUUUUCUCAGCACUGAAGCCAUCGGAAACGCUUUUCAAGGUGAUCUUCUGGCUGGGCUACUUCAACAGCUGCAUCAACCCCAUGAUCUACCCUUGCUCCAGCAAAGAGUUCCAGCGGGCGUUCACUCGGAUCCUCAGGUGCCAGUGUCACCAAAGAAAGAGGGUCCUGCGUCGCUUCUAUGACCAGAGGUGGCGGACGGCUGUCAAGGGAAUGACGAGAGAUCAGAGGGGAGAGCGUAAGAUUGGCUUCCCUGUGAACGAAUCCUGUGGCAGCUCUUUGUUACACAAGGGGAAAGGGCGCUCGCCAGCUUUCAAAAGAUGGAGUCUGUUUCCACCACUGCAAAAAUCCUCCUUCCAGCUCAAAGAGAAAGUGAACAACCUGUCAAAUAAAAUCAAGGGAGGACCGGGAAAAGGAAGCUCACCUGCAGUGGGUCGGAUUGACAUAGUGGACACCGUCUCUAUGGGGAUUUACAACUCCUGUGAGCAGAGCAGUUAUCAGUUAUAUGAUCUUGCAGACUGCUACGGCCUGAAAGAGACUGACAUUUAGAGGGCCACCAGAGAAUAUUUGAAUAACUUAAAAGGCCAUCAACGUGUAUGAAAGACUGUGAUGGGUCUUACUUUUUGUGUUUACAAAACAUUUGAGAAUCAAAGUUGUGGACUGAGAAUGAUGGCUUAAACCCAGCACAAAUAGGACUCAAACUUUAUCUCAAUCCUUAUUGUUAAAUCAGAUGAAACGAUUGUUGUAAACUUCUAAAAGCCACCUUUAUAAGAGACAAGGAGUAGCCAACCUUUUGGACUAACUUUGACUGCUGUCACUUGUAAACUCUGUUCAUCGACAUUGUACAGCCCACAGGUUAACUCACUUUUGACAAGAUAUUUAACAUUAGCCUCAUUAUUACUGCUUAUUCCUUCAACGUUCAAAUGUUUAUAUCAGUCUCCAUGUCUUCAACUAUAAAAGAUUUGAUUUGACACUAUUUGAUGACUGCUUUGUUUGAUAUUCUGCUGAUUCUAAAUACAUAAAAAAACACAAUUGUAAAGGAUAAAAUAAGAUAUUUUUAAACGAAACGGAAUUAAAUAAGAGCAGUGCAAUUGUUAUGUUGUCAGGAUGUCUGGAUUUAAUCAAAUGUAAUAUAUCAGAAUUUAUUGUGAUAUUUGAUCUGCGAUUUUUCUUUUUGACAAGGCAUUGUGAAUGAUAAAAGUCCAUCAAACAAUGAAAAUGCUGCACAGUAUUUAUUCCAAGUGGUUGAUUUAUAAGUUGACUUGGCAUUAAUAUGUACCCUUGUGUGAAUAUAAACCCAUGUAUCUCCUUGUCCCUUCUGUCAUAUGCAUCAACAAGUGAAUGUGAAAUGAACAUGCUUUUUUUGUAUUUUCUUUAUGUAAUGUUUGUAAAUAAAAAAAGAGAGG